CAGUCAAGCACCUGAUAAUUGUUGCAAAAGAAAACUGACCAGAAUUGCAGAUAUCCUCCAGUAUAUGUAAGGUGUAUUAUGGGCGUACACGUACUUUCGGGAGCGGACCGAGCAUGUCGCAGAUUGCCUUUUCCUUCUCGUUUAUCAUCCGUACACAGCGUUGGGCUACCCACCUUAUUUGACCUCUCAGCCAAUCCUACGCCUUCACAUCCGUGUCCAUAAGCCAUCUCUUCGUUUCUCUACAGGCAAGUAUUUGUGCCAGUACCCAUGGCCCCCUUUUGCCCAGCUUUUGUCUGCGUCAUAUGCAGAUCGAGGGGCAACGAUCCGUGGGAGAAGACACGGUACAGUGGUGUACCCUUCCGUUCAUCUAGACCGUCUUUUGCUUAGUGUUGCAACCCCUGGGAUACAGCCAAGCCACCACGAAGCUGGCCUGGUUCGUGGUUGGGCCCUGCAUGACAUUUCUCCAUGUCCUCUUCAUGACGGCUUUGCAUUCUGGCUAGCCGUUCUGGGAUCAAAGACCGGCGGGAGACAGUCACUUGGAAGAUCUGAUUAAAAGCCAGUCGUGCCCGGGAACACAACUACAUCGCGACGCCGUUGCUGUUCUUCAAACACUUCAGUUCGACUUCAUGGUGCGCAAGUGAUCGAGAUGGCCGAAACAACCAAUCCCCGGGCCGAGCUCCCGGUAGAUGUGUUCAGCAUCAUUGAGCGCACCUGUUCCGUCUUUUCCCUCCUCGGCUCAGUCCUUGUGAUUGGCACCUUUUGCGCCUCCAAAGCGUUCCAUAAACCCAUCAACCGUCUAGUAUUCUAUGCCUCGUUUGGCAAUCUCAUGACCAAUGCUGCCACGUUGAUGGCUCGGUCCUUCAUCGCGAAUCCAAGAUCGGCUGGCUGCCAAUUCCAGGGAUUUCUUAUUCAAAUGUUUAUGCCCGCUGAUACAUUUUGGACAUUGGCCAUGGCGGUCAAUGUGUAUUUGACCUUUUAUUUCAAGUUUGAUGGAACUCGGUUACGAAAGAUGGAAAUCCCCUAUCUUCUUUGCUGCUAUGGGAUUCCCUUCAUCGUCGCCCUCACCUUCAUCUUCAUUGAGACCCCGGAAAAAGGCAAGAUGUAUGGGAACGCAACGCUGUGGUGCUGGGUGAGCCCUAGGUGGGACAUCUUCCGCAUUGCGACGUUCUACGGACCGAUCUGGAUUGUUAUUCUCAUCACCUUUUUCAUUUACAUCCGCGCCGGCCGCGAAAUCUACAAGAAACACAAGCAACUCCGUAACUUUAGCACCAGUCACCACGACCACGAGCCGAUCACAGAGGACCCCUUCAGCUCGGUCAAGACCACCGAGGUUUCGGUUACCUCUGAAGUCAUUGACAAAAGUCUUGCAACCUUGGGCAUCGUACAAAGCGGAAACGAACAACCGAAAGCACCGAAUGCUGCCUACUCAGUUCACAUAUCAUCUAACAAGCGAGCUCCCGAGCGGGACUCUUAUGGCGAUAUACCGCCGACCACACAAACCAACAUCACAAUCGAUCCUCCGACACGCAACGCCACCGCUGGGGCUAACCCGCUCCGCCGUCGAGCUGCCUAUGAAGCCAACAAUGCGACCUGGUCCUACACAAAGUGCUCCAUCCUAUUUUUCACCGCCAUGCUUGUUACAUGGAUUCCUUCUAGCGCCAACCGCGUGUAUUCUGUCGUCCAUAGGGAACAAGCGUCGCUUCCACUUGAAUACAUGUCCGCCUUUGUGCUUCCUCUCCAAGGUUUUUGGAACGCCAUCAUCUACGUCGUCACAUCGUGGAGAGCGUGUCAACUGCUGUGGGAGGAUACCAAGGCCUGGUUUGGACACAAGGAUCAGCAUUCCCACGGCGAUGGUUCCUUCCAGAUGAUGAGCAGCGGACGGAACGCAUUCAAGAACAGCGACAAGACGUACGAGACAGAAAGCAUGACGGAGUUGGCGGGGUCGGCAUCACACGCCGAGGAUCGGUCUCCCAUUGAGCCACCUUCAAAUACGCUGGGUCGAGAUUGAACAUGCUGCCAUCAUUUUUUGUUUCUUAAUAGUAUCGCCUUGAUUGUUUUUUUGGCGUUAAGACUCGAAAUACAGAGAUUUUGGAUAUGGCCCAGGGCCUAAUUCAGAUGUAUUCUAUACAGCCACUUUUUGGCUGUUAUUGCAAGACAGCAGUUGCGCGGUGGUUCUGGGUAGCGGUGGGAAACGGGCUACGGAGAAUUAUACCCCUGGAUUUUUCCUUGUUUUUUUUUUAUGGUUCUUUUACAAUCACUUUAUGACUUUUAUAUCUGUCAUGUACACACGAGGUAUGAUGGGAACUCGAGUUACAGCUUUGAUGCGACAUCGAGUUCGGACUUUUCUUUAUGUUUAUUUUGGAUUAAACCUGAGACAUUUUUGUCCUUCAAAAAGUUUCCAGGGGUUUGGGAUAUUUAUGUCUCAUAGUAAUCGGGAGGGCUGGUAAAAGUCAACUGGGAUAAAAUCAGGCAGUCCUGACCUCAUAGCAAUAGCUAUGGAGUUUCAAUGGAUGCAUUAGUUGGAAUCUCUCACGCAGAGGUUGGAUCAUCUCUUAUUUGCAAUCAUUGCCUGCCGCUUUCUGAGGCCAUCCCAGGUUCCAGAUCCCUCAGUCAACCCGUGCCGCAUCAUCAUGAACCACAGCGUCGCACGCAACACGACGCUGACCACCUCCUGUCCAGGAACCCGGGGCCCUGCUGCGCCGCCCAACAGCAAACGAGAGCCUCAUGACACAGUGGAAUUAAGUUGCAAUGAUACAGACCAGGAAAUCGGUCUUUUCGGCUGCGAACUAGCACCACCAAGACUCAAUAAUUAUCAAUUGAAAUCCUAUUGUGUAUGUACCCCUCUGCUACCUGCCUUGCCAUAUCACACUCAUGAGACAGCCUUGUCUCGUCUCAUCCUUGGCCUUCCAUUCUUCUUUGCAUCCCACGUUGCUUCUUUCUGCCUGCAUACGGAUGUCACUGAUGGGCAUGUUUGAAACACGAUUCUGGUCACAAAUCACACAAGGGCCUGGGUGCCGAUCUCAGAUCUUGAUCGAACUUUACUUUUUGCUUUUAUGAGAUGCGAAUCAAACCCGCAUGUCCCACCACACUGAGAUUUCUUUUUUUUCCUUGUGUGUCUUCAAACGGCUUCGAUCUUGUUUGUGCUUUUUGUGGCGGCAGGCUGCAGAGGAAAUGUUCCGAUCACUUUUGGGGGCGGGGAAGGCGCGGGGACAUAGGAUCGUGGUUUUGACUCUCGGCCGAGACACAAAAGAACUUGCAGAUUUGUUCAUGUCGUCAAAUUGAAUUGAUCAUAAAGAAAAAAAUUGCAAAGGAUAAUAGUUGGUGUUGUGUUUGCUUGUGAUGCUCGCGUUGUGCUUGCCGAGAUAAUUGACUAUGACAAGAUACACAAACUACUAUUGCUAUAUGCCUUGCAAGAGGUUGUAGAUCUGUUAGUGAGACAUCACCUUACUCAACUCCACCCAUACACCACUCACCACCCAGCCUCCAAACACGUUCGGGAACAAAAAAAUUCCCAAGCCUGUGAUUCAUGACAGGUUGGCAACUUCGGCAGCGUCGAAACCAUCCCGAGAAAUCCCAGAAGCUUUUUUCUUUCCCGCCAUAAGCGAUAACCGCGGACUGGAAGCAACUGUUAAAAGCCUGAUAUUUUCUGACACAUCAUCAAUCCUCCAAAUCCUACACAUAUCAUUCACCCAUUUCGUCCUGCGGAGGACUUUCCAACCAAGCAAUUUCUUCUUCCUUCUCUUUCCCCAAUUCCACUGUAACCCUCACCCAAGAAAAGAAGCAACACACCAAAGUCUGGGGAAAUCUGGCUCCAAUCGCCGUUGUCUCCAUCAAAGACCCCAUAACGAUGUCACGUUCCCCAGAGAACCCACUGCGGAAAGGCUCCGUUUGGGAGGAUAGAAUCCAUAAUUUUAUUCUGACCGCGCCGGCGAACUUGGUCUCUGGGAGUUGAUCGCGGGGCAGGCGAUGAGAUGGCGAAUUGAUUUAAAGUAGAUUCAUAUGCCUCUUGGCCUUUUUGGUUGACAAAACUCCUCGGCAUCGUCGGAUCACGAUUCCCAGGUAAUUUUGUCCCUCAGCUCUUCCUCUGGGUCUUGGUAUCCGCGAUGUUACUUCAGUCCAAAAACCCCACAACACCGUUUCUCUGACCGUUUUUUGAGGAUGUAAAACUGUCGCACUUCCCCAAUUCAUCACCACCACCACCACCAUCAGGCAACCUAUCUGCGACCUCCUUAAACGACCACACCACACCAUCACUAUAAACUUUGCAUCUUUCCAGUCCGCUUCCGAAUUUCCCAUACCUGCCCUCCCCCUAUCCCUCCUAUUCUCCUGCGUCAAAUCUGGCAGCUUACCUUUGCAUCCAAAUUACCCUGCUUGCUUUUGCUUGCUUGCUUGCGUUUCACCAGCCCAGCAGCAGCUGCUAUAUCCCACAGGAAGAGAGAGGGGCGAAUGUUGUAAAACAACACACACUUCAGGUUCCCUUCCGCGGGGGAUAGAUUGAUUACCACCCAACCCUUCUUCUGUGUAGUUUUUGCCCCCCUUCCACCCAAAUAGUUUGAGUGGGGGGUCGCUCUUAACUCAGCCAGCCACAACACCAGCAGUCCGGCUCGCCCGUUCUCGGUUGUGGUCUGGGGGGUAGCUACCUUAUGGAGAACGAACGUCCUAGAAUUUUGGGGCGAAGGGAGGGGGUUCUUGGAUAGAAUAUACUCACCAGCAAACUGAGCCGGGUAGCACACGCUCUUUGGUCAUACCGGGUCAUUAGUUGACUUUCCCCGGUUAUACCUGUUUUAUGGACUGUUGUGAUGGUGCAACGAAAAAAAUUGGGUUGUCAAGAAUGCAGUCGGCGGGUGUAUACAUGGGGAGAAGAAAACCUGUCCAGUGUUACCUUUGAAAGCUCUGAUGCUCAAACCCAGAGAGCUCCGAAAAUCCGGAAAGAACAGACAUGGCAGCCAGCGAAUCAAACAAUCGUCCUUCAAUGUUGCUUGAGAGCAGCUGGAAGAGACGAGGGGGGUUGGCACGAUGAUAUUGGCCGAGAUAUGCUUCCCCUGGGCAACCAAACUAUACCUCUUGAAUUGGUGGUGCGCGUGGACAACUUUCCCAUUCAGCCCUGCUUGUGAAAGCCUGUUCGUUCUGAUAGUUAUUAUGUCUAAAAUAUCUCUAAAGGCCUAUUAGCUAUCUUGAAAGGCCUAUUAACUAUCUUUAAAGGCAUGGUUUACGAUAC